AUGGCCGAAAUAGUCGCUACUGUCGCGGGUGUUGUGAGUGCUGUUAUCGAUGUUGGCAAGUGCUUUGGGCGUCCAUUUAUGUACUUGUACAGCUACAAGACCAACUUUAGCAAACUCGAGAAAGAUGUUGGGAGGCUCAAGGAUGCAAGAGAUGAAGUUAAGCUUAAGGUUGAUGCUGCUGAAAACAAUGUGGAAAAGAUCAAACAGAGUGUUAAGGAUUGGCAGAAGGAAGCGGAUUCCAUCAUUGAUGAAGCAGGGAAGUUGAUUGGAGAGAAAGCAAACAACAAAUGCUUCAACUUGAUCACCCGUUACAAAAAUAGCAGGAAAGCAUCGAAAAAGGCGAAGGUUUUAACUGAACUCCUGCAGGAAAAAGAAACACUCGGUGAAGUUUCCCUUCCUGUCAGUACUUAUGAAAACAUACGCCUUACUAACAAAGACUACGAGGAAUUUGAAUCCAGAAUGUCAACUUUGAAAGAUGUAUUGAAGGCAUUAGAUGAUGGUGAGGUGGGGAUUGUUGGGGUUUAUGGGAUGGGUGGUAUUGGUAAGACCACGCUGGUGAAAGAAGUGGGUAAGCAAGCCAAGAAGCAGCAGCUAUUUGACGAGGUCGUUUUCACAGAGGUAUCUGAGAAUCCAGACACUAACAAGAUUCAAGAUGAACUUGCAAACCAGUUCGGUCUGAAUUUUGAUCAGGGGGUUGAAAGAGCAAGCAAGUUGUAUGCAAGAUUGAAGAAGGAUAGAAGAUUCUUGUAA